AUGCGCGUCUUCGUGUUAUUAAUUCUACUGGGUGCCGCUAUUGCGGUGCCUACAACUACCAACCGUAUUGUCGGUGGUUCUCCAACGACAGUGAAGAGCUACCCCUACAUGGCUAACAUGCAAUACGGAUGGCUUGGCACGGCAUUUCAGCAGGCUUGUGGCGGAGCACUUAUAACAAGGGACGCUGUUCUCUCCGCUGCACACUGCUUCGUUGGCGAUCCAGUACCUUGGUGGCGCGUGCGGCUUGGUACCUCGGAGAGGUCAUCUGGUGGUGUAAUUCACAAUGUUGUCAAAAUUAUCAUCCACCCGCAUUACGAUAUCAAGCCUUCAGAAGCGGAUGUGGCCAUCGUUCGUUUGACCACAAAAGCGGUGUACUCAAGUACGAUUGCAGCUGUUCGUAUCGCUGGUGCCUACUACCACAUAAAUGAUGGCACUCCUAUAACUGCUAUUGGCUGGGGCCAGUUAGAGGUUGGAGGAGUAUCGCCGAAUCAGUUGCAACACGUCCAGCUUGAUGUUAUUAAUCUGGAGCUAUGUGCUGAACGUUAUGCAUUUCUGAAAACACGACCUGGAUUCUCAGAUUGGCCUGACGUAACACCCGAUACUGUUGGCUACUAUCAUAAAACGGAGAAUUUGCUAAGUGAGGAUUUAAAUGAAUUACAAUAG